AUGUCUUCUUCGUAUGGCUCCUCGAUGCACCACACGACUGAUACAUUCUUUUAUCCUUCUCAUCAAAGCUCUGACAUCCGGACAGAUGAAUUUGACUGUGCUUAUGGGUCCGAUGCGUUCGAUCAAAGCGACGGCUACUCAGUAGCAUUGGACAUGGAUAUGGGAGACCAAGACGAUAUAUUUGAUGAUGAUCAGGACAUGGAUCGCUUCUUGUAUUCGGAUUACAUUUCGGGCCAUACAAACCAGCAACCGAGCGAUCAAUUCAGCUUCCUAAGCGAACACUUUGCCCAUACGGAAGAUAGCGUUGCAUAUCUCGAGCAACUAGACUCAGCGGAUGGGCAAUUCGUGGAGCAGACAACGCCCGAGCAACAUCUCUUUGACGACAGUUUUAGAAGCGACAGCGGCUACAAUCCCGAUGGUCAGGAUCCAGACGGACUUGCGAUGCAGAAUAGCGGCGACUUUUGUCAAGAAUACGACACUUUCUCUUCUGUCGCGGUCGAGCCUAGACAUCCAACACUAUAUCUGGAUGACCACUACCGUGAUUCAUGCCAAGAACCGCCAUCAGCAAGUCCAUACGCGACAACGGCGCCUCGCCCAAAAGAGAUGAUUUUGGAGGAUCUAGAAGCACUCGCAGAUCGCUUCCUGUACGACCUUUCGUUCAACAGGGUACCAACGGUCGACCUAGCAUCCAGAAACUCUUCCGACUCGAUUACGUAUGAUAGUGAAACAGGUAUUAUCAGACGCAAACGGGAGGAGGACUCGCACUUAGGAUUAAAAUCAUUUACAAAGACAUCCCGUUAUGGUGCACCGGCUUUUCAUGGAGGCAUACAUUCAAUCAUCCGCGUAAUAGAGCUCAUCCACAAGAAUGUGUACAUGGACACGGUGUCUUCCAAGCGAGAUCUUUAUUACAGAGAUGUGAUGUUGUUUGGGUCGCAGGCCACUGUGGACAGCAUUGUGGAGGAUAUGGCAUGCACGUUUCAGGUCCCGAGAUCAUGUCUCAAUGUCGCCGCGGGUAUGCGCAGCGUGGUCUUUGGCUCGGUCAGGAUGAUUGGUAAGGCUCGAGGAAGAGAGUUGACGCAGCUGGAUGGCGCUCAGAGUUGGACCGAUGAUUCCACGCAGCUUCCGGAUGGUGCAUCGUUUAGGAAAACGAGAGAGGGAAACGGACGGGGCGAUUCAAUGGACAAUUUGUUCUCCAGGACGGACUAUAACACGCUGGUGAUGAUUCCUAGGGCAAUGGACGAUAUUCUCGAGGUCGAGAUCCACUGCAGGACGCGUUUUAUUCUGGUCAUUGAGAAAGAGGCUACGAUGGAAUAUCUGAUAUCGCUUGGAUUCUGCGAGACCCAUGGGCCGUGUGUUCUGCUGACAAGUAAGGGAUAUCCAGACAACGCAGCGCGGCGAUUGUUAAAGUGUCUAUCUGAUAUGAUCCAGUCUGGAGUGUUUGUCGCGUCUCCGUCCAACGGACCGUCGAUAUCGUGCGCUCGAGAACCUUUAGACAUACCAUUGCUCGCCUUAGUCGACUGUGAUCCCCAUGGCAUCGAUAUCUUCCUGAAAUACAGGUGUGGAUCUAUUGCGUCCGCGUAUGACAACGCCAAUCUUGCGGUGCCGACAUUGCAGUGCCUUGGCCAGAUUCCCGACGACUGGAACAUUUACUUCAAAGACGAUCGGUCCCAAACUCAGGAUAACCAAACACAGCUCCAGGAGCAAUUCCUACGUGCCUUGAUUCCGUUGACUUUGCGAGACCGGUCCAAGCUAGUCAAAUUGUUGACUCAGCACCCGUUCGUAAAACAACAUCUACAAUGGAAGCGGCAGAUAUCGAGGAUGUUGAUGAUGAAUCGCAAGUCGGAGCUGCAGAGUCUGUGUCUGUCCGAGCCCGGUUGCGACCUUGGUCCACAAGGCGAUGAAGAGGGCGGCGCGGCGAGGGAGCGGGAAAUGGAUGCUAGUUAUGUAUUAGUUCAAUAUCUCGGGCGCAAGCUGCAGGAUCCCCACAAACAAAAUAUGGCCAACUUUGAGGAUCCUUGGGCAAAGCGUAACGCCUGGCGCAACAGCGGGCUGUUUACACGCUCGGCACGUAUCCGCACGAUGUUCCCCGGUCUCGGAAUCGCUACGGUUGCAUUUGCGGCCUACCUCGGAUAUGAGUAUGUCACGGCACCCAAGGCCGAUGCCCACCACCAUCACCACGGCGAGUCUCACCACUAA